GAGAAGUUUUAUGGUUUGGUUUGCUUUGAGGGUUUUGUCGUCGUCAGUCCGUUCCCAGCUCUCGACCCGGGUAGAAGUGUGUUUCUCGGUGUGAAGAGAAUUUCGGGGAUUGUUUUUCUCGGUGUGAAGAGAAUUUCGGAUUGGGAUUUUCGGUGUGAAAGGAGAAUUUCGGGGAUUGUUUUUCUCGGUGUAAAGAGAAUUUCCGUGUUUUUGAAGAGUUUCGGAUUUCUCGGUGUUAGUUGAACGAAUUUUCGGAUUUCUCGGUGCUAUCUGGUUGACCGAAUUUUCGGAUUUUGGAAUUCGGUUGGAUUGGAUUUUCAUUUUUGGUGGUGGAAUAUAUAUUUUUUUACUGUGUGGGCGUGAUGGAUCUUCUCACAGUAAAUGGGAGAGGAGGAGACCAAUAUUUGCGACCGGAAUAUUUAUCCCCGCUACCAACCACGUUGGACGCUAAAAAUUCUCCGCUCGCUCUUCUGGCUCAAACAUGCUCGCAAAUUGGUGCAGAUCCACCCGCUGCGAAGAGCUUGUUGGCCUCGAUCACUGCCUCCGCCACGUCUGCGGGAGGAUCGUCCUCUUCCUCAUCCGGGUCAUCUUCCUGUCGUGACGAAGAAGGUCAAGCCCAAAGGUCAGCCUCCGUCGGUAGCCGAGUCACCCCGCCCAACAAGUCAAAACCAGGUCACGGAAAUAUUAAGGGGUCAUCCGCAACUAAAAAAUCGAGCGGGAAACAAAAAGAGAAAAUUUCCCCGGGCUGGAUUUCCUCGUCAGAAACGAAAAAUAAUAAAAUUUCCCCACCCACCAAUUCAAGUUUUGAAGUAAAAAGAAGAUCCUCCCGGUCCGAAGAGGACGAGAAUAAUGUAAAUGAAGAAGACAAUUUUGAACUUGGCGGGGCAGUAGAUUCAAAAAUCCCGCUUAAAACGAAUAAGAAAUCACCCUCACCUUCUUCUUGCCGGGGAGAAAGUAAAAGUCCUUCUUCAGAGAAGAGCGGUAAACAAAAUUCAAAUCAUUCGUCCCCGCCGCCACCACCCCCGCCGGUAAAAAAUAAGGAUAAGUUGACCUUGACCUCGCCCCCGGUGACCUUGCCGUCCUCCUCCUCCAUCCUAUUUCCCCCCUCAUAUCCAAUCUCUUCUUCCUCAUCUGCUCUUGUACCUCCUCUUCCACCCACCACAAUCCCGCCGUACCUCCAUUCCUACGCGAGACUAAAAGCCGCGGCUGCCUCGUCCGUCUCAUCUUCCCCGGAUGGAUCCUCCCUUCUGGCGGGAAGUCAUGCCUACUGCCGCGACCCUUUCUGCCCCGGGUGCACGACCCCCCUCGGCGCGGCGGGACAUCAUUUAAAUUCGCUGGCAAAAUGUGCGAGUGGCGGGGGAUCCAGCUGUGUGGGGUGUGACCAUUCUAAUAAAAGUGGUGGUGGAAUCCCGCCAUAUUUCCCGCCUUUAUUUCACCCCGGUUUUCUCUACCCGCCCCCGGUAACGGUAACGACGCCAUAUAUUUGUAACUGGAUUUCGGCGGGAGAAUCCUACUGUGGAAAAAGGUUUGGAACUAGUGAAGAAUUACUGCAACAUUUAAGGACACAUACUACGAACAAUAAUAGCUCGGCGGUAGAUUUGAAUCUGUACGGAUCGCGGUCUUACCCUACCCCGCCGUUAAGUCCGAUUUCGGCGGGAGGAGCGGCGGGAUCGGCGGGGGCGAGGUAUCAUCCCUACGCGAAACCGGCAUAUCACCAGUCACAAGUUGGGUCAUAUAGUUCGUUAUUUCCAUUUUUGGGGGGUCAACAAGGGUCAAGUUUUGCCGCUUUGGCGGCCGCGAUGAAUAAUCCACUAAGUCCGUAUUUUCCGUAUGCCUUGUAUGGGCAUAGAUUAGGCGGGGGAGGGGGUGGAAAUGGCGGGAUGGGGAAUCAGUAGAUUUUUUUAAAAGGGACGAAAAAAUUUUGGCGGGUAAAGAAAAAAAUUUUGCGGAAUAUGUAAUGUAAGUUAAGAAUGCUCAAAAAUAUGAAGAAUCUUGUCGUCUUAUAGAUUUUAAGGAAGGUUUUUUGACGUUGUGAUUCACGUGGAUUUUUGUAACGGUGUAAUUUUGCAAAAGUUUACGAAUUUGAUGACAAACUGUGUAAGAUGGAUUUACGAUUUUUACAAAUUUAUGAUUUUUAAAAUUGUCUAAUUUGCAAAAUUUGGGGAUUUUGUUUCAAUUUGUGUAAUUUCAAAGCUUAAAAAAGUUUUUUUUUCAAUUUUUUCGUAAA